GUCUUACCAAUUUUUCUUUCGUCUCAGAAAACUAUAUCACGAAGAGCAAACUCCGUUCCGACAAUGGCUGCUAUAGGCUCCUUAGUUUUCUGUACCGAUUGCGGGAAUCUACUCCCAGUGUCCAAGGGAAACGAAAAGAAUAUUCUCCAUUGCGAAUGCUGUGGUGCCGACAACCAAGACACUGCAGCGAAGACGACUGUCACAGAGAGUAAACCCUCCGACUUUCCCUCCUUGCUUCGACAAAAACUCUCAAUCGUACAAUCAGUGAAGCGACACGAUGUCCAGACAGAAGCUGUCAUAAACGAGACGUGCGAGAAGUGCGGGCGCACGGAAGUUAGAUACACGGCAGUGCAGCUACGCAGUGCUGAUGAAGGCAGCACGAUCUUCUUCACUUGCGAAUGCGGUCACAAAUGGAACACAAACAAUUGAGAUUUUUCUAAUAGAGACUGCCCUGUAAUUUCUCAAGUAGUUGCCAUAAACCCAAACUCGAGUCGUAUAAAUGAAGCCAUGCGCAUACGAGUUCUUUUUUUGGUAUCCUCCAGCCAGCCCCGCCAUAUAACGCCAAUUCUACUUAUCCAUGGAUAUCUAUGCCGUUACCUUCGGAGCCUCCGGGAUAAGCGCAUACUCAGCCUGGUUCGAUUGCUCGUAAUCGGCCAUGUCUAGAGCAACAAUGACGCUCUCACGCACAACUUUCUCUUCGUCAUGAAGGAAUUUCUUCAAAACUUCCUCGACGCCCUCCUCUUCGCCAAGGCUUCCGAGUGCCUCCGCCGCUUCAUGUCGAACCAUGCUAGCCUCCUCA